AUGUCCACCGCCCCAGCCCGCGCCGUCAUCCAGCCCGACCCCGCCAAGUCGCUCCUCCAAGCCACCAGUCUCACUCUCCCUUCACCGGGAGUAGACGACUACCUGAUCGCCAUGCGGGGUACCGCUCCCUGUCUCGGCGAGCUGACUUGGGAAUCCGCCUACCCCGAAAUGUUCAGCAAACGCAUCCACCGCGUCCCCGGAACAGAGGGUGCUGGCGUCGUCCUCGCCACGCCGGCGAAUGGGCAAUUCAAAGUUGGCGAUGCCGUCAUGUUCCGCCUCGAUGCCUGGCUGAGCGGCACGUUAAGGGACUACACGCUCGUUCCAGCGGCCAACGUUGCCCGUAAGCCGACCAGCCUGAGUUGGACCGAGGCGAGCGCUACGCCACUUUCGAGCUUGACUGCGUGGCAGGGAUUGUUCGAGCAUGGCGUCCUCGACGCUUCCUCCAUUGGAGAAGCCAAGGAUAAGGGCAAGAAGGUGCUAGUCACGGGGGCUAGUGGGAGUGUGGGGAUGUGGGCGCUGCGUUUUGGCCACGCUGCCGGCGCUACCAUGGUCGCACUCGGGAGCGGCGCCAAGGCUGCAGACAUGAAGGCUGCCGGCGCGGCCGAGGUCAUUGAUUAUCGUACCCAGAGCGUCGACGAUUGGGCGAAGAAUAACUCCGUCGACCAGGUGCUCGACUGUACAGGCAAGGAUACGGCCAAGGUCUGGAGCGCGCUCAAGGACGGAGGGCGGUUCCUGUCCAUGUGCACCGACCCCUCCCAGAGCAAACCAGAAGGUAAGACCGCCGAGGUCGCCAAGUGGUACCUCGUCCAGCCGCGUGGCUCUGACCUCGCCCGCAUCGCCGACCUCAUCGACGCGAAUGGUUGGCGCCCCAUCAUCGACAGCGUCGUGCCGUUCGAGUCGUUCCAGGCGGCAUACGACAAGGUCGACGGCGGCAAGGCGGCUGGCAAGGUCGUUAUCACCGUGUCGGACGAGUGA